AGAACUGCGUGUGAAGACCAGCCAGGUAUCUGCUAGUCUGAAUGACACAAAGGAUACAAGCGGAGGGCCAAAGGUUUCUCGAGGAGGGCAUCCAAAGGUCCGUCCUGGGUUAAACCUGCUCACAGAAAAGGGCCAGGUAGGCAGCAAGACUAACAGGACGGAGAACCAGCCUCAAAGCCCUGCACAGAUUUCACCAGGAGUUACCAUGGCACCCAGAGACUGCUCUGACCACAUGGCCAGGGGGGAGAGGAAUAGCAGAGUCUACCAAGUGACCCCUGACCCUAAGAACAGAACCAUUGCAGUGUUCUGUGACAUGGAGUCUCAUGGCGGAGGGUGGACCGUCAUUCAGCUCCGUCAGGAUGGCAGUGUGGACUUCAACCGGACCUGGGCUGAAUACCGGACAGGCUUUGGUGACCUGAUGGUUGGGGAGUUCUGGCUGGGCAACGACCACAUCCACCUGCUGACACGAAACAGGGUGAUGGUCCUUAGGGUGGAGCUGGAGGACUUUAACGGCAUGAUGGAGUACGCAGAGUACAGGCUCUUCCGUGUGGCUGGCGAGCGGCUACGCUACCGCCUGUCUGUGGGUGGGUACUCGGGCACGGCAGGAGAUGCACUUCAAUUUAGCAAGAGUUAUGACCACAACAACAGGUUCUUUACGACUCCUGACAGGGACUAUGACCGAUACCCUUCAGGGAACUGUGGGGCCUACUACAGCUCAGGCUGGUGGUUUGACGCCUGCAUGGCUUCCAACCUCAACGGGAGAUAUUAUGUGGGAAAAUACAAAGGGGUGCGGAACGGAAUCUACUGGGGGACGUGGCAUAACAUAUCCACAGAGUACUACCCGACUAAUGACAGACAAUCUUUCAAGACUGUCAGAAUGAUGAUCAGGCCAAGGGGCUAUGCAAAGUGAUCUACGGCUGGCUCCUCGGUUGGCGUUCUCAGCUGUUGCAAUUCUCAAAUAGGGGGGCCGGGGACCCCUAUGAGGCCUCCGAGAUUUUUCAAUGGGUCCAUGACAAAAGCAGGAAAAAGCAGAUCAAAUGCUCAAUGUUAAAAAUCUGAUUUUUUUAUGGAGGACCACUGUUUGAUACGCAAAUGGAAACAUUCAGAUUGUACUGCUGUUUCAUAUUUUGGGGUUUAUAAUGCCUUUUGUUUAACAAGCAAUUUUAAUAUAUUCCAUAAUUUCAUUUAAUCUUUCAAAUAUUAAAUCUCUGAUUCAGGCGGGUCAACAACACCUAAAUCUUCUUAAUUUCUUGAUAAAUAUUAGUGGGCCUCGGAAAAGCCUGCUCUGUUGGUAAAAUACUGCCACUUAGUGGUCUGAAACGAAACACCAUGGUUUAUGGUUUCAAAUGGAACACUCAAACUGUGGAAAAGAUGUUCAGAGUUCCUGAAGUAAUUUAUAAGAUGUCUUCUUAUUAUCUAUGUAAGGUUACAGUGUGAAAGUAUUGUUGGAAAACGGUUUCAUAGAAGUCUUUCUCCUGUGACGAGAAAGAGAAAUACUCUUUGAGGAGGGUAAUGAAAUUGUACUGAAAUUGUACUGGAAUGAUUGACUGACGAUUGAUUGUUGUAAUGUUUUUUUAUUCUCAGUAUUUUUUACGGGAAAAAUUAAAUGAGGUCAAUAAAACAGAA